AUGGACAAUUUCGAUAUAUCGGACCUAGCAGGUGUCAGCCAACAAUCCUUGCUGUUCGGCACGUACCCUCAACCCCAGCCUUCCACUAUCAAACGACAACAGAACACCCAGACAAACUUCAACCUCCCCCUCUACAACUCGAUAGAGGACUGGAGUGCCGCUGAGCUCACCACCGACUCGGCGCCCUCUCCGGGAUCUGCAUCACCCGUCUCGCCCAUAUUCCCUGGCUUCGCCUCCUCCUUCACCACCGGGGACGAGUGGACCUCUUGGGACAAGCUCGAGCAUUCCCCCGACUCCGACUUCUUCCUCAAGAGUGAGCUCCUUGACAGCCCCGACCUUUCGUCGAUCCCUGUCAUGAGCCCGGACCUGAGCCACAUGGAUGCUUCCAACCCCGGGCUGGACGACGUUGUGCAGUUUGGUAGUGAGGGAGUCAACGACACAAGGCCUUUGUUCCAGUCCCCACAGAUGAACCUCGCCAUGCCUCAGCGCCAACCAUCCUCGGUCCCUGCCCAGGCCCCUAACACUGGCCUUCCUACACCCCCAGAACCCACACAAGCAAACCAGCAAAGGAGGUAUCCUGCUCGCGCAAACCUCAAGAGGAAGUCGUCGUCGGAUGAUGAUGCGUCCUCGCCCUCGUCACCCCGUUCAUCCUGCUCGCCACCUCCCCCUCAGCGUCGCCACACCGCGCCGUCCACCAAAGAGGAGUCACCUUCAACUACAGUCUCCAAGCCUGCCCUCGGUCCCAAGAAGACAGCACACAACAUGAUCGAGAAGCGAUACCGGACCAACCUGAACGACAAGAUCGCUGCUCUGCGGGAUAGCGUCCCAGCUCUACGGGUAAUGGUGCACAGGCUGGAGCACGCAGACGAUGAGGUCAACAACUCGACAAAUAUAAUGGACGAGAUCAAGGCCGAAGCGGGGCUGGACAUCGAGGACGACCUCGGCGGGGUGACGCCCGCACACAAGCUCAACAAGGCCACAAUCUUGAGCAAGGCCACCGAGUACAUUGCCCACCUGGAGAGGAAGAAUCGGUCUUUGGCCAAGGAGAACUCAUCAUUGAGAAAAAGAGUGGAGGGUUUCGAGAUGCUGGUCAUGUCCUCAAGGGGCGGACAAUCGCAACGGCCCAUGUGGCAGUAG